AAGCUUUGCAGAGCACAGUGCUACACGAGCAAGUUAAGGUUAAGCUUGUAGAAGAAUUCCACAUAUGAGCUGCAUCAUGGACGUAGCUAAUCAUGGCCUGGUGCUGCUGCAACAGUUGAAUAUCCAGAGGGAGUUUGGUUUCCUGUGUGACUGCACGGUUGCAGUUGGGGACAUUCAUUUCAAAGCUCAUCGCUCAGUACUGGCUGCAUUUUCCAAUUACUUCAAAAUGAUUUUUAUUCAUCAGUCGAGUGACUACAUCAAGGUCCAGCCAGUAGACAUACAGCCAGACAUCUUCAGCUACCUGCUGCACCUGAUGUACACGGGCAAAGGUCCAAAACAGCCCGUGGACCCAAACCGCCUGGAGGAGGGGAUCCGAUUCCUGCAUGCGUACAACCUGGUCCAUGAGGCAGGCCACGGUGGGCAAGUCUUUGUCCAGCAUCCUGAUGUGCUGCCUCUGCAGUCGCCCAACCUGUACGGUAUCCAGAUCUCUGGUUCCCAGAAGCUGGCCGUGAGGGACCUCCAGCCACCCAGCAAUCGGAGUGGGAUGACAAGCCAGGGAGCAGACCCGCUGUGCCAGGUGUCGGUCGGAGUGCCAUCCAACAUCCCCGAGCAUCGGUAUGCCCGUGCUCCGGUAAAUACGGCUAGCAGCCAGGACGCUGCUGGACAGCUGACUUUGGACGAUUAUGGCCAGAACCUUUCAGCAGGGUCCCGGGGUGGGCCCUCGGUAGGGCUGCAGGUCCCCGGCCUCAAUUUCAAACGGGGCAAGCACCACAAACUCUACUCGUGUCACUACUGUGGAGAGCGGUUCAGUGUGCGGAGCAGCCUGAGGGAUCACCUGUACUCCCAUGCCAGUGGAGCACUACCCCACGGGGUUGCCUCACAGAGCCGGACCCUUGCUGAUCCCCCGGAGCCUGGUGAGGAGGCGGAGAAACCUGAGGGGGCCCAGGUCUCAGGGACUGAGCCCCUCCUCAUGCAGCUUGACCAACAGGACAAUACCAGCCAGGAUGAACAGCCUCCAGUCGCCCUAACACUGACCAUUGAUGCCAGCGGUGACACGGUUGAGACCACCAGCAGCUUUGGCAUUGCCAAGCGGAGGAAGUUUGCCUGCAGUGUCUGUGGCCAUUCUCCUGACGCUGACUGCAUCAGUCCCUCACCAUCCUUUCAGCCAGCAGGAGGGGAGGACGUGCUUUCUGGCAAGCACCAGCAGGAGGCGAGCAAGAGUCGGGACGGGCAGGUUGCAGAGCUGGAGGCUGCAUUCCGCGAGGUCUUUGCGCAGUACGACUCGGGCCAGGUGCACGCCCUGUACAAGUGCCAGCGGCUGGGCUGUGAGCGGGUGCAGCCUGACUACAGGCGGGGUGACAGGUUUGUUCACAAGUGGCUAUCCGACAGGGACCUGACGUACUGCGAGCGGACGGGUGUUUACUGGCUGUUGUAUGAGGAGGGCCAGGGCAUGUACUGCUACCUGUGCCGCAGGCACGACACUCAGAACAAGCAAAACAAGACUAAGGUGUUUAACGGCACUCCAGCUGUCCGCUACAAGAAGUCAACGCUGCAGGCCCAUGCAGAGUCACAGCAGCACGCAGCGGCCGUACACGCAGAGCUGACUGGGCGUAUGCCCGAGAGGGAGAUGGCCGAAAAGGAGAAAGAGGAAGGGGCGGCUCUCCAUGCUCUCUUCCUGGCUGCCUACUGGUUAGCCCGGGAGGAGCUGCCCACCGCCAAGCUGCUGUCGGUGCUGAGGCUGCUGGCCGAGGCAGGCCUGAAGGGGGCUACCCACUUCCGCCGACCCGACACCCUGCGUGAGGUGUUUGUCUCGCUGGGGCAGGUGAUCUGCAACCGGCUGGUGUCCCAGGUCAGGCAGGCCAGCUGCUAUGGCCUGUUGUCUGACCGAGUGACCGGCUGCCCGGGCGCUGACGCUGAGGACCUGGCUGCCCUCGCUGCCUUCGUCCAGUACGUCGACCCCAAGACGGCAGAGGUAUCGACCAACUUCCUGUUUGUGCAGACUGCCCUCCUCAGCCCAGAGUCAGACCCGUCCGAGGAGCUGGCCGCACUGAUCAGCCGCACUGUGGCUCGGCUCGAGCUGCCCGUCCAGCGCAUGGCUUCGCUAGUGACCGAUGGUGGUGAGGUCAUGACCUCAGAGCGGGUCGGGGUGGCCGCCAGGCUCCAGGAGCUCAACCCGUCCCUCAUCGCUUUCCACUGCCUAUGUCACCGGCUCAUGCUGGCCGGAGCUUCGUCCUGCCCAGAGUGUCGCUACCUGCUCAGGGUCGAGUCCUACCUCCAGCAGCUGUGGGAGCUGUUGGAGAAGUGCACGCCUCUGGCAGAGGCCUACCUCAACAUGGGGCUGGAAAAGGUCCUGCCCAGCAGACAGCUGAAGAUGGCCCUGCUGCGUAGGCUGAAGAGGGCUUGCCGGAAGAGACGGGUCUCCUUUCAGGCCUCAGUGGAGGGGGCUUACAGUGACUACCCAACCCUGCUGCAGCUCCUGAGCCAGUUUGAGCAGGUGGAUGCGACAGCCUGUGGUCUAGCGAUCCAGAUGAGGAAUGUGCGCUUUGCCGGGGCCCUCUACAUCCUGCAGGAAGUCUCUCCCAUAUUGGCUGGCCUCAGCAAGGUCUUCCGCAAGGGCACUGUGAAUUACUUCACCCUGGAACCCUCCAUCAAGUACACUGUCUACAAGUUGAACGAGGCUGCAGGUUCUAGGGAGGCCUUGACCCGACUCAAAGCCGACCUCCUGUCCACCGGGCGCCUGGCUUCAGCGGGUCUGUCACCGCCCAGCCCAGAGCAAGAGGCCGAGCUCAGGUCCCUGCUCGACGCCUACGUGACAGCUAUCAAGGCCGACCUGCAGCGUAGGUUUGGAGCGUCCCUGCCGCUAGUCUCCGCUUUCUCCAUCUUCAACCCGCUGCUGGUGCCGUCCCCGGAGUCGGCGGACUUUGCCGAGUACGGCCAGCCCGAGAUGCGGGCGCUGGCUGCGCACUUCUAUCGGGAGGCGGAGGGGGGAGAGACCAAGCUGACCCGGCUCCUUGCAGAGUGGGCAAAGCUCAAGUUCGACCUGCACACCUGGAAGAACAACGUGCCGGACUCGGUGCUGACUGAUACCCGGGUGACGGUGACUGAAUGGUGCCUCCGGCGCCUCUUCACCCUCAAGACUGAACUACACCGCUCGUGUGCUGCCCUCCUGCCCCUGGCUGAGGUCUCCCUCUCCAUGCCCAUCACCAACAGCUGGUCUGAGCGGGGCUUGGGGGCACUCAGGAGAAUCACUGGCCGGCUCCGAGGAGGCUGCUCCUUCCUCAGCGAGCCCAGCACCCAGCUCCUCAACAGCCUCAUGCACAUCAGUGUCAAUGGGCCUGAGUUUGGUACCACCGACUGUUCCCAGGUUGUCCAGGAGGCAGCGCUCCUGUUCCUGCAGCAGAGGCGCCACAGGUUUGCCGGGGCUGGGGGCAUGGGGUCCACGGUGCAGGAGAAGCCCCACCCGCAUUCUGGCAAGUGGGAGGAAGCGGCUGAGUCGUGUUCCUCGGAGACCCCAGACAUCUGCCUCCCAAGUGAACAGGACCUGGAGCAGGUGCAGCAGGAACUGGAUGAGGCAGCGAGCAUUCUGCAGCUUCCCCUGGACGGGGACAGCGACUCGGACGACAGCCUCUACGAUUGAGAACCGGGAGCCAAAGCCGUCUCAGGACCCCAUGUGUAAAUAAACCUUUGGGGCAGAAGUAACUCUCGUGGUGUGGCUGAGGUCCUUCUCCGUCUUGGAAUGUGUUCAGCAGCUCACUGAAGAUUUUAACAAAGAGCUUUUUGGAGACACGCACACGUGUUAUGCGUUAUUCCUGAGUAGCAGCAAAGUACUUGAAGAUGGAACAGAAAUUACUGGAGAAACUCAGCAGGUCUGGCAGCAUCUGUGAAGAGAGGGGAAGCAGAGUCAGUGUUUUGAAUCCCACGUGACUGUUGUUCAGAAUCCUACUCCCUCAGUUCGAGUUAUAUUAGACUGCGAGCAUUCCCGAAUUAGCUGUGUCACAAGGAGACACUGGCUAUUUCCCAGUGGGCACAAUUGGUAAAACUCUCAUCUUUGCCACACACCCUUAUCCUGGAAAUCUUUACAACUUACUCAUGGUGCUCUCUGUAGCCUGCACCCACAGCUGGCGACCCAUCGCGAUGGAGAUACUGAAGUGAUUGACGGAUGGAGAGUGUGUGGACGAGGCGUGACAGCUGGACAGGGCUCUGAACCAACACUCAGUAGCUCUGAACCACGUGCACUGUGUUGCCCAAACAGCGGAGCACAGCUUAUGGCAAAUGUUUUAGAAAUAAGACAUCGACCUCAUCAAUUUGUAACUCUCUUUUAGUGUGCAUUUUUUUUAAUGGUAGAUGCAUUUUAAAAGUCAAAAUAAAUUAAACAUAAUUUUG